AUAGGGCCCCCUACUGACCCCGGGCCCUCGGGCAGUGCCCGAGUUUCCAAAUGGUCAGUCUGCCCCUGCUUCAGCAUGUAUAUCCAUCACCCUACCCCUUGCAUUCUCCUACAGCAUAUACACAGCUAUACACUUCUGGCAAAGUUGCGUGGAUGUGUCUCCCCACUGAGGUUCCAUCUAACAACCCCUAUGUCACCCCUAUGUCACUGCUGUGCCCUAACAAUGGAUCACCAAUCAACGGAAAGAGCUGAAGAUGUCGGCUCGGUCAUGUUAUCAGCUGUGUCCAAUCACAGCUGAUCGCAUGUAAAUAGGGAAAUGCCGGUUAUCGGCAUUUCUGUCCUCAUGAGCUGUCACGGUGACAGAGGAGAGGAGAGCCGGUAAUCGGCAUCCCUCAAAGGGGACAUGUACACUGAUCAUCAGGGCACUGAUGAUCAGUGUGCCCUGAUGAUCUGUGUAGCCCCAGCAGUGCCACCUGUCAGUGUCCAUCAGUGCCAGCUGUCAGUGCUCAUCCAUGCCACCUGCCAGUGCCCAUCAAUGCCACAUUUCAGUGCCUACCAGUGCACAUCAAUGCCACAUAUCAGUGCCCAUCUGAGCUGCCUUUCAGUGUCACCCAUCAGUGCCAGUCAGUACCACCUAUCAGUG